CGGAGCGGUCGCAUCGGUACGGAUAAAUUCACACAACGUUCAGAGUCCGCUGGCAGUCAGCGAGUGCGGUACAUACAUACAUUCAUACAAACAUAUAAACGACAGCGCCUACUAGGCUAUUGUGUGUGUAUACGGUGGCGAUAUACAUACAUAUGUAUGUAGAAUACAUAUAUAUUUGUGUUGGUGUUUUUGUAUCACAGAAAUAUACGCGCGUGGUGUGUGCUUAUGUUUAUGGCAGAGUUAUAAAAAAAAACAGUAUUUGGCCUAUAGAUGCAUAUACACAUAUCUAUAUAUACAUUAUAUAUGCAUAUCGCAGCAGAUCGUUUGGCGUUAAUGUGCAACUGCAUAUAGACACUAUAUACAUAUAUGUACACACUUAGGUGUGCGCCUGUUUAUUCACUAACAACUGAACGCUAUUGAAAGCGCUACUCAACGCGCUACACUGCCGCUGUUGUUGUUGUACUUGUUGUGGUUAGUACUUUUGUUAUUGCGCGGCUACAGCUGCCUCGUCACAGCGAUUUUGCCUCUACUCAUACGUACGUACUUAUGUAUAUGCGCUUCGCUUGCUCGUAAUCAGCGCUGUUAUAGCCGUACGCGAAGCCCCGCUGCCUGUGCCGUUGCCGUUGCCAUUGUCCGUCAACUAGUCGCAGCAUUGCUACUGUGCUGUCUUGCCACCGUCGGGCAAUCGAUAUUCGCUGACUGUGGUCUGCGUGCCGUGAAAGACCAUCAUCAAAGCCAACGGUGAGCGCGAGUGCUCGUUUUAAUGUACAUUAAUACAUAUGUACAUACACAUAUAUAAACAUAUUUAAGUGUGUAUGUAUAAGUAUGCGCGUGUGUUUGUAGUGCGUAUGCUCGCUAAUAACGUCUAAUUGCAAAUAAUACGCCAAAAGCAAGUUGUGUCGAAGGUGCGCGGAAGCAAGUGUGCAAACAUAUGCGUAUACAUAUUUGUAUUUACUGCGCUCACAUACAACCCAUUAUCUCUUCGGCGCGUAUCAAAACAAUUAAUAAAUAAUAAACCACAACAAAACACGAAAAGAAAACAAAAUUAAAAUAUUUUGCAAUUAACCGGCAAAAUAAAAACGCAAACAAGUGAAUUUUCGCCGAUAAAUUUUUCGAUAAACACAACAAAUGUCAAGUAGUGCAACUGUGUGCUGCUAAUCAAAACAAACAAGUCGCAAACUUGCAGCUAAAACAUAAACACUGCAUUGUAGUUGUCAUUAGACAAUUUGGUGAAAUUAAGAAAAAAGCAACAAAAAUAAAAAUAAAAACGUUAAAAUUAAUUGUCACACACAAAAUGAAGACUCCACGCGGCGCUAGCGAGUCGUCCACGACAUCUGACAACACAACCGAAUUCAUUGAUAUCGUUAAGAAGUAUGAUGUUGUUUAUAAUACACACAAUCCUGAUUAUAAAAAUGUCGAAGUGAAAAUGAAGGUUUGGUCGCAAAUAGCCGAGGAGAUUGGCCUGUCUGUCG